UCUUUUAGGGGAAAUUUUGCUUUAAUUUUUAUAAAUUAGCCACCUUCAAACAUUAUUUUCAAUAAAAAUAUGUAUUUUUACAUGGAGUUUUGUUGGUAAGUAUGUGAAACUUUUUUUCUGAUGCUGACACCUCUGUCUGUUUUUGAUAAAGCUGCUAUUUAACCCUUUCCUAUGUUAUUUUUCUGGACUUUACAAGAUUACCUUAUAGGCUUAACUUUCCACCACACAUGUGACUUCCAGUCUAAUGCAACUUACCCAGAUUCUUACCAGAAACCACAUCAGAUGCAGCUAAUGAGGCAGACAGCUAGUCUCGCAUGGUGUGUGCGUGUGUCAGAGAGUGAGAGCAAGAGAAAGAGAGAGAGAGCGAACAAGAAGGAGGAGUAACAGAGAGGGAAAGAAAAGAGGGAAGAAAGAGACUCAUUAAGACAAGUUGUUCUCGGCGCUUGUUCUGCCACACAGACUCUCUCUUUCUCUCAUACAUAAAUACACACAUACACCCAACACACACACUCCACUACACAAAGCAGAAGUGGACAAAGACGCACAGUUUCAGGCGCGGCAGUCGGCUAUGGCUCAGGGCUCUGACAGCAAUGACACAAGCUACAAGUCCCCAUCACCUGGAAGCAGGCCGAGCUCUUCAGAUGACGUAAAAAAGGUGAUGCGGAGGGAGAAGAACAGGAUCGCUGCUCAGAAGAGCAGGAUGAGACAGACCCAGAAAGCUGACAGUCUACACUUGGAGAGUGAGAACCUUGAGAAGGAGAACGCUGCCCUGAGGAAAGAGGUGAAACAGCUGACAGAGGAGGCCAAGUAUCUUUCCUCUGUCCUGAGCAGUCACGAGCCUCUGUGCACGGGCCUGGCUCCUCAGACACCCGACCUCCUGUAUCCACCACACCACAGCAACUACCACCCUCAGCACAUCACCGUACCACACUACCAGCACUGAUCUGACCCAAGACCUGCUGCGAACAGACGACUGACCUCAAUGGAGAGAGACUUAGUGGAGAUGUGUCUAUAAAUGUAUCAUUCAAUAGCCCGUGUCUGCCAUUCAGUGAGAGUAUGGAGCCCAAGCAGUCUUCAGAACUAUUUAUUUUGCUUCUGCUCAUCCCUUUACUUUUAACUGAUUAAUAUGUGAACUUAGUAGAGUUAUCUACCAGUCUAUGUUUACAUUCAAAGACACAAAAACCUAUGGUAUGUUCAGGGGAUUGAUGAUAUUUUUGUAAAUUGCUUGUUUUCCGCUUCACUGAGAGCACUGUUUUCUGUCAUGUGUGAAUUUCAUGUGUUUUCAGUGUAUUUCAGUGUGUAAAUGUAGAUGGUUAAUGCUCAGGAGCUUUUGACAGAUCUGAUUGUGGACAAAGAGAAUGUAUUGCCCUUUUUAAAAAAGGCUUAAAUGUACCAAAAUGGAGGAGCAAUGGGCAUUGAAGGGGUCUUGAUUUGUGUAUUAGAGAUUAAGCUGGCAUUUGAGAAGAACCAGCAGA